CCACACUUGAGGCCUCAGUUGCCUUUCAGCUCUCGUGUGGGAAGGUCGUGUGCGCCGUUCCCUCGCUGGUCUUGGAUAGUAACGCGGGAUUUACCUGAUUGCUAACUAGUGUUGAAGGUGGAUUUUGAGAGCGUGUGGUGUGCUGUCCCUAGGGGUCCUGCCGCGUGGGUGUCAAGGGUUCUGCCCGCAGCUGGGAAACGUGUUCUGAGUGAUUUACGCAAUCUUGUGUCGCAGCGCGUGCACGAAGAGGAUAUUCUUCCUGUAGCUACUUGGCGGUGACGCUUUGACCAAGGAGCGAACGAGGGGUGAAGAGGCGCCGACAUGGGGACCCUCGCCCGACCUUCCCUGCUGGUGCUGCUGCUGGGACUCCUUUCUGUCACAGCCUCACACGUGCACCUCGGCCACGGUGGGUUUGGUGCGGCGUUACGAAGACGAGGGAUGUUGCGUCACUCGGUCGGCUACGGUCCUUUCGCAGAUUCCUUUUCAUUCUACAACAGAAACAGGCAAGAUUCUGAUGACAGUCUGCUGAUCAUGCCCACGGUCCAGCAACAAUCAGUCUUCGAAGGGGCCAGUCUCUUCGUGUCGUGCUCCAGCAAAGGCAAUAACGUGCAGCGUAUCCUGUGGACUGGACCUGAAGGAAACCAGAUCACCGACUACAAGGGCAGCUUGACCUAUAGCGAUCUUCCAAGGAUCCACGUCGAGGAAGCAGAAGCUCAUAAUGGAGUUGAUCUCAUAUUUGAUAAUAUUCUGAGGAGGGAUCGCGGCAACUACACUUGUUCGGCCAACGUGGACGGCGAGGAGGUGUCCAAGUCUUUCCAGCUCUUCGUGGACAAGAAGAUUGACUUCCUGGAUACACCAGCCGUCCAGUACUUGGAGGAAGGAUUUGAAUCAGAACUCAUGUGUGACAUCACUGGUGACCCAGAGCCAACGGUAUCCUGGAGCUUUGAGGGCAAGAAAAUCUCCUACGGAGACAAGUAUUCGAAGGUCAGUGAAACAUCUAAUAAUCUGAUUGUGAGCAACGUCACCUUGAGUGAUGCUGGAACCUAUGUGUGCAAAGCUGUGCAGGUGUCCCCUCGCAUCACUGAGAUGAAGGAUAAGGAAAUUGACGUCAAAGUUCACCACAAACCCCUGUGGAAUGAUGACAAGACCAAAGCAUACAGCUAUGUGGAUGGAAGUGUUAAUCUCACCUGUGAAGUUAAGGCAGAACCUGAGGCUAACUUUACCUGGACCAAAGAUGAUAGCGUGAUCUACCCCUCUGAGAUUACCCAGAUCUUCAAUGACAACAACACCAGCAUCCUACAGCUGAAAGUGACUGAACAAAGAAUGUUUGGGGACUACCUGUGCAUAGCUCAGAACAAACUGGGAACCCUGGAGAGAGUGAUCAUCCUGCAGCAAGGACAAAAACCUGCCAUACCUACAGCUAAGGUGACAGUGGAAGGAGUAGACCGUCUGGAAUUGAGUAUAAAUGCCAAGAACCACCCAGAGAUGCCUAUUGUUGGCUACCGUGUGCAGUACAUGGAGGCUGGGGAGGACUGGUCACAGGCCCAGUCUGCCUACUUCAAGAAAGCAAGCAUCUAUGUCCUGGAAAACCUGAAGAAUGAUACUCCUUAUGUGCUGAGGGUUGCUAGUAAAAAUGCUGCUGGAUUCUCAGACUACUCUGUUGAGGUAACAAAGAGAACAGAAAAAAUUAUUUCUUCUGCUAGCACCUCUGCCUCCUUCAGCAUCUCAUCGUGUGUUGCCCUCCUCCUCUUCCUCCUUGUGUCCGCUAGUCUCUUGUGAACACUGGAUGGAGCAUUUCUGUAGCUUACUCUUCUUAGCUCAGAAUGGAAAAGCUCUUUGAUCUGUCUCCCAACAGGUAGGAAGCAUAAUUUGAUUUUUUUUUCUUUUUUGUAUUUAAUUAAGGAGAUAGAAGAAAAAUAUAGGCAUAUUUUUAUUUAUUUAUUUAUUUUUCUUGUUCCAACAUCUUAGAUGAAAUCUCACUGCUGUAUGUUGUUCUCAUCAAAUGCCAGUAGAAUCUUAAUACAAUUUGAUGCAAGUCUAAAAUUUAGAAACCUUGUGACUUAACUGAUCAUUUGUUAUAAAACUUGCCUUCAUGAUAUAAAUAUACAUAGGAUUCAUUAAUUAUGUCUUUGAUGUCUUCUUGUCAUAUAUAAGUAAGUAGGGUAAGAAGGCCAGUAAGUUGAGACUUUGACAAAGACUGUGUAUGUAUGAUGCUUAGUUUCCUGGUGCUGGAGUCCAAACUGUUUUGCUUGUGUCAUAAAUUUCAGGACAAACAGUGUUAUGUUAGGUUUUAAAUGAGACGAGGACUUUUCCAUUUAGGAAGAAAUCUUUCUGGAAACAAAUUACUUUAUAGUUUCUAAGGAGUUCCUAUAUCACCUGAUACUUUUCAAGGCCACUGCUGUUGGGUCUUGCUAAUUCCAUGGUGCCAUUGCCUCACUCACAGGUCCUUUGUAACAUUUAUUUAAAAUGUAAUUAUAGAAUCAUCAAGGCAAUAUAAGUGAUGGGAAGCCAUAUAUGGAGGAUGAAAUAUUAAAUACCAAGAGUAUUUGUUUUUUUACUAGAUUCGCUACUUAUUUUUGGGCUAAAGUUAAUUUGAAACGACAUCCUAGUAUUAUAAUAAAGGACUUGUGCUCUCUGUCUUGCUAGUGAUAUCAGGUGGUAUUUAUGUAAAUAAUGUUAGAAAUGUUUUACAGCUGCAGCCUUGUCUGUAUUAGUUGAACCUGGUUAGUUUAGUUUCACACCCUGAAGACCUGCCUGAAAAUGCUGAGGAAUUGUUACCUAGGUAGACUCUAGUCUGAAAGGAAAUUUUGUCUGAAGUCUUCAGAGUGCAAUAUAAGAUACAGAAAAUCCUUUGCGUAUCAGAUAAGGAAAUACUAGAUAAUUUAAAAAUUUAAAGAUUACUGAAAGUGAAGUAUUGUUGUUAAUAAUUUUAUAUUGUUGAGUCAAGGACAUGACUGCAUUUUCACUGCAUCAGGUGUGUCAAGGGUGAUUCAUGAGUCACUGAACUUAAUUAUAUCUUGUAUACCACUUAGUGAGAUGUUGUGCUUACCGAGGAAAGAUUCAGCUUGGUGUUUUCCCCUUGAUGGUGGUGCGUGUUGGAGUGUUGAACUGUCUCCCUCCCACAACCUCUCACCUUUUAUUUGUGUUUAUUUUCCCACAGGCCAUAUCUUGCAUUUCCAUUUUUUAUAUAUAUAUAUAUAUUUUUUUUUUUUUUAUUUUAGCUUGCAAAUGUAUCCUGAUGUUUUGAAGUAUAGCCUCAAGCAAAGCCAAAAUGUGAUUAUUAGCAUCUGACUGAGCCAGUCUUUAAAUAAAUGUAAAGGAGAGGAAAGAUUGUAGCUGGAAAGAGGCUGAGAUUUUGGAAUAUUAAAUUCAAUUAUAGAUUUUUUGUUUUCAUUAAGCUGUUGCUGUGUUUUAAAGUUAAAGUGGUGAGCCUUAAAAAGAAAAUUAUAUAUAUUCAAAUGUUGAUUUAUUCAACUUUUAUUAAUAACUUAUUAUUUAUCAAUAUUUAUUUUUUAUGCAAUUGCCUCGAUAAACAACACAAAUAAGAGAGUAAGUUGUAACUUAAUUUUUUUAAAUAUUUAUAACUAUAAAAAGGAACAUGUGGGUCUAGUUUCAUACAGAAUAACAGUAAAUGAAAAACAAUCCAUGGGAUUGGAGGAUUUUUUUUCACUGACUGUGUGAGGUACAUUUUAUAUCACAAUCUAAGUAUUCCAUUAUUCUCAGCCUCCCCUGCAUAAGUAUAAUGAAUGGCUGUAUGCAUUAUCUACAUAAUAUUAUUGUUUGCUGUACAUAGCUUAUACACUUUUCUGUGGUGUAAAUCAUAAAUUAUAUAGACAAGAGUGAGUAUGUUGCCAUUUCUAUUUACUCAUGCUCUCUUGGAGCUCAUUUUCCAAUUCUGCAGAUUAAUUAUAUUUUGCAUAAUACUGGUAAAGAAAUAAAAUUAGUAUGCACUAAUUAAUACAUUCUAGUUAGUGUGUGUGUGUGUGUGUGUGUGUGUGUGUGUGUGUGUGUGUGUGUGUGUGUGUGUGUGUGUGUGUGUGUGUGUGUGUGUGUGUGUGUGUGUGUGCACAUGCACAUACAUGUAUGCAUGCAUACAUAUGUGUUAAUCUACGGCAUCCAAACAGAAGGGGAUGAUUGUGUUAUAUAAAAGUACACAGAUACAAGGUGAAUCCAAAAGGAAAUGUGGCAAGAUCUGUCUAAACCACUUUUCAUUAUUUAUUGCUGAACCAAUUGUGUUCCUGUGUUACAGAAUAAAUAAAACUUAAUUGUU